GUAGGUACGGUUUCAUGUAAACUGGUUUGCAAAAAAACAAAAAAACAAGCAGCCCCAGCAGCAACAGUAGCAUCACCAGCAGCAUCACCAGCAGCCGCCGGGUCACAAACCCACCCAGCCGCACUCUGACAGCUCGGACGUCGGACCGUCCGUUCGGUCGUAACACUUGAGGACGUGUCACCAACAACCGCCACCGUCAGUUUACACGACGGGCGAAGAGUCGCUAAGCUAACUUCCUCGAGCUAACUCUAAAUAUAGAGCCCAGCUUGUAGCUAACCGGGCUUUGCUAAAAAGCGAACUAGCAACCUGCUAGCUGGCCAGUGACGGCGGCUAGCGAGGGUCAGCCCACACGGUCUCACCCCGCCACCACUUCGGUAACGACCCGGUUGGCUGGGCUUCCUCCGGCUAGCCGCCGGUCGUAUUUCUCCGCACGGUAACAUUGACCGCGUCAGCUGCAGCUCGCCGCCGCAUGUCGUUGCACAUGCGUGUGCGUGCAAAGCGGUCAGCUGGGCAGCGCUCCGCGUGAGGCAUGUGAUGGUCGCGACCAGCCUGGAUCAACCGCAGGACGAGCACGGCGGAGACAUGGGACAUGGAGCUGGGAGCUAGCUAGGAGUGCACGGCGGGAGUCCCACACACUGGGGCUGUGAGAGAGGAGGACAGCUGUGUGACCUCCUGUGGGCGCAGGACAAAGGACGGGAGCUUCACCUGAGGCCAAAAAAAAGAGGGGAAUAAGAUACAGACGCUGGGAGGAGGAUGGUGAUGAUGGUGAUGAUGAUGAGGAUGAUGAUGAUGUUGAUGUUUAACAGCCUGCUGAUCACCGGUCUCCUUGGCUGGGUGAAAUGUCAAGAGAGCCACAGCAUGACGCCAGAGGAGAAGACUGUUAUCAGGGACCAAAUUGUAGAGAUGUUCGACCAUGCCUAUGGGAGUUAUAUGAAACAUGCCUAUCCAGCAGAUGAGCUGAUGCCUCUAAGCUGCAGGGGGAGAGUCCGUGGCCAGGAGCCCAACAGAGGCGACAUAGAUGAUUCCUUGGGAAAGUUUUCUCUCACACUGAUUGACACCCUUGAUACCCUGGUGGUGUUAAACAAGCUAGACGAGUUUGAGGAUGCAGUGAGAAAGGCUUUGAGGGACGUACGCCUGGACAAUGACGUGGUGGUGUCUGUGUUUGAGACCAACAUCAGGGUUUUGGGAGGGCUUCUGGGGGCCCACGUGAUGGCCGACCUCCUUCGUCAGCGUGGGGACAGAAUGCAGUGGUAUCGAGAUGAGCUCCUGCACAUGGCCAAAGAACUGGGCCACCGAUUACUGCCUGCCUUUAACACCACAAGUGGCCUUCCCUACCCUAAGGUGAAUCUGCGGCAUGGGGUCCUGAGCCCAUUGUCUCGCACAGGCACUGAAUCAGACACCUGCACAGCCUGUGCAGGAACAAUGAUCCUGGAAUUUGCUGCCCUCAGCAGAUUGUCAGGAGAGUCUGUGUUUGAGGAGCAUGCUAGGAAGGCAAUGGACGUCCUCUGGGAGAGGAGGCAGAAAGGAAGCGACUUGGUGGGGACCGUCAUCAAUAUCCAUAACGGAGAAUGGGUCCGCAGGGAGAGUGGAGUCGGUGCUGGAAUUGACUCAUACUAUGAAUAUCUGAUGAAGGCCUACAUUCUUCUUGGAGAUAAUGUUUUUCUUGAGAGGUUCAACAUUCACUACAGUGCCAUUAUGAAGUACAUCAGUCAACCUCCCCUUCUGCUCAAUGUACACAUGCACAACCCCACAGUGAGUGUGCGCAGCUGGAUGGACUCGCUCCUGGCGUUCUUCCCUGGCUUACAGGUGUUAAGAGGAGACCUGAAACCUGCCAUUGAGACUCAUGAGAUGCUUUACCAAGUCACCAAACAGCACAAGUUUCUUCCAGAGGCGUUCACUACUGAGUUCAGAGUUCAUUGGGGCCAACACCUACUGAGACCAGAGUUCGCAGAAAGCACCUACUACCUCUAUAAGGCCACUGGUGACCCCUACUACCUCAGAGUGGGACAGUCCAUCGUGGAAAAGCUCAAUGCCUACACCAGGGUGCCUUGCGGGUUUGCUGCUGUGCAAGACGUCCGCACCGGGGCGCACGAAGACAGGAUGGACUCCUUCUUCCUGGCAGAGAUGUUCAAAUAUCUCUACCUGCUGUUUUCGGAGAAGAGCCAGCUGCCCAUCAAUAUUGAUGACUACAUCUUCACCACGGAGGCUCACCUCCUGCCGGUCUCUCUCUCCACCACCCAGCCGUCCUGUCAGGGCAACGUUACAGAGAUGAUUCCCGUUUCACAAGAAGACGAUCUCUUCACCCACUCCUGCCCCAGCACGGAGACGUUGUUUCCAAACAACCCUUCAUUCGCAAAAACCAUCCGGGACAGCUACAAGUAUCUCACUGGGGUGGGCCGUGCCUUCCGCCCCUUACCUGUCAGGGAAAUUGAGCUACCGCUCCACGAUAAUGGCAUGGAGCCAGUUGAGUUUUUGAAGAGCAUGGGCAUAUCUCUCACUCCGCUGAACGAGGUCACAGCAGGAGACUAUGGAAGUCAGAAGGAGCAUAAAGGAGUGUACCGGGUAAAACUUGUGGCGGAGGUGAGCCAGACACUGGAGGAGGAGGAGGUGGUGCCUCAUGUUGUUCAGCUCAUAUCCCCCCCAUAUCUGGGUCGAACAGUCCUCACAGCAGGACCUGCCAAGUUUGGAAUGGACCUCUCCAAACAGGAGCAUGGGGUGAAGGGCCGCUUAGUGAGAGCCUGCCCCUACACUGCAUGUGGGCCGAUAGACAAUGCAAUGGAAAUUAAAGGCCAUAUCGCUCUGGCACUGCGCGGCGACUGCAUGUUUGCCGUAAAGGCUCGUCGGCUACAGGAGGCAGGAGCCAUAGGAGUUAUCUUUAUCGACCACCGUGAGGGAAGCAACAGUGAGGACACUCCCCUCUUCCAGAUGGUUGGAGAUGGAGACUCGACGGAAGACAUCACCCUAGCUUUGGUCUUCCUUUUCAGCCGUGAGGGUGCAGUGCUCACAGCUGCCCUGGAGGAACAUAACAAUGUGGAUGUGCUGCUGCUGGCCAAGGAGAGGGAGAUGGGACACGGUAAGACGGUCAAACCCUUCGGCAUGAACAUCAAACUCCGCCUCGCAGAGGAGGGGGAGCUGGAGGAGGGGGCAGCCAGAGGGCCCACGCUGGAGUUCGUCUUGGGGAAAGAAGGGGUGCUUCUUAAGGAAGAGGAGGAAGAAGAGCCCCAAGGAGGAGGACGACCUUCGCAGGAGCAGCAACAGUUCUGCGAGAAGGCAACGGAGGAUGCCAGGACUGAACCUUGUUCAGCAGAUUCACCUCAAACCCCAAACUCUGGAACGGACACAAACCCUUGACGCCUGCAGGUCACGGAGCAGCCAAGUCUCCUAACACUGAUCCCAUGUCAGUUUCAGAGUGGCGUGUGCCUCGGAGCCCCUCACUGCCCUUCAAGGAGCCCGAACCGACCCAGCCUGCAUGUUUACAGCCGAUGGAAGAGAUUCGUCGAGCAGCACGAUGGCCACGCUCACAUCCUGCCUCCACUUUGAAACAUUAAUAUGAUUCGAUGUUUAUUAGACAGACAAGUCAAAUGUAGCUUUUAUUAUACGUGGUGCGGGAAAUGAGGGGGUUGUUAUAAUCCAAUGAGACUAAACUUGGUAUUUAAUGCCUAAACACUGUUGGAUGAGACGGCCAGGCUGGUGCUUCCUGAACCGAGCCUGUAGUAUUGCCACUCUAGGCACAUAGAAGUUGUACGUGGUGAUUAUGACGCGGACCAUUAACAAAAAAUCUAAAUUACUUCACCAUAGAGGAGAACAUAGAUAAGGCGACGCAAAUGUACUCGGCAAGGUUUUUCUUUUUUAUGCAAUACAGUUUGUUUCAAAUCUAGAUUGCACCUUUCACAUAAGUGAAGUACUUUUUACAUAUUCCGUAAUGAUGUAUUUACCUGGCCAGUAGGUGGCAUUAGCAACCAUCACCUCAGUGAUAUGAUGUGACUAGAUGAAGUAGGAGAACUGGUUCCACUUAGGAAUUUUCAUUUAACUUUUUAAUAAGGAUCAACUUCAGGGAAUUUCAUGAGUGAAUGCAAUUUGCUAAGGUGACACAAAUUGAUGAAACAUUUGUCUUGCGUGUGUGUGUGUGUGCGUGCGUGCAUCCGAGCGAGUUUCUGCUAUAAUAUGUGCGUGCGAGGUGUGUAAAAACUAUACUACCCGCAGAAGCAUCUCAGCUACAAUGUCAUGCCCCCCCCAUAUUUAAAGUCGCCAUCUGAGGAAUUAAGAAUCAAUCUUUUGGAAGAAUUUUUUUUUUGAAAGCUACUUUUUUUUCUGCACCUGUGAAUAACUGCAUAAUCAUUGUUAAAUUAUGAUUAACUAUGCCACCUUAAAAAAACAAAAAAACAUUGCAACAAAAAUGACCAAAGCUGUAUUAUUAGAAAUUAAGUCUACAUGUACAGUAACUCUGCUUCGCUCCAGAUGCAGCGUCGCAGGUUCUUCUGCGGCCUCCGACUGCGAUGCACUAUGAAACACGGGUUCAUCAUCAUCAUUACCCUUCAGCUGUGUGUGUGUGUGUGUGUGUGUGUGUGUGUGUGUGUGUGUGUGUGUGUGUGUGUGUGUGUGUGUGUGUGUGUGUGUGUGUGUGUGUGUGUGUGUGUGUGUGUGUGUGUGUGUGUGUGUGUGUGUGUGUGUGUGUGUGUGCGCGCGCGCGCAUAUGUUUGGUGCAGUAGUGAUUUCUGUAAGUGGAACUAUAGAGGCCAAUUUGAUCAUGCACAUUGUUGAAAAAAUAUGACUAAUACAGCACAAAUCUUUUGUAUGGAUUUUUUGAUCCAGUUUUCUUUCUUUCGGUUAAGAUUUAAACACUUUUAUUAGAAAUAUCUUUCCCUCAUUCACACUACACAAAUGAAACGGUUUUGGCGGCACUAUUUGGUGUAAUCAUUUUAUGUGUCAUUUGAGGAAGAGAUAACUCUUUAAUUAGGAUGUUCAUAUUCUCACUAAUAAUUUGUUGCACUUGUUUUGGCUUCGUGGUACAUGACAUAUGAGUAUGAAGUCUGUGUGGGGGAAAGCAAGAGUAGGUUUUCGUUGAUGUUUGUACAGUGGGCAUUUUCCCCGAUGCUCAUUUUCUAGUCUUAAUCCAACAUAAACAUCACAUUAUGUUUUUGUGUUGAGCCUGUUUGAGGCGCUGCCAACCCGAAUACCUCAGGACUGUGUAUGUUGCUGUUCACACAAGGGGACAAGAAGUGUGACUUCUUUUUAUUAUCUUUUGUGAUUUUUAAUUUUGUUCUGUUUUUGUUGAUCCAAGUGCCAAAAGAGAUGCAUGACAAGGCUCCAGUUUUGAUUUCAUACCUUCUCUCUAUUCAGUUUUUCCGACUGUGAGAUGAGGGCAGUCUCGUCAAUAAACUCAAAAUUACAAUUUCAAA